AUGAGUUAUCUAGCAUGGAAUUGUCAGGGGCUUGGGUCGGACCUGACAAUUCGGUCUCUUCGGGAGACAAUAAAAGGAAAGCGACCCUCUAUUGUGUUUCUCAUGGAAACGAAGCAGAAACAGAAUAGGUUAACAAGGUUGGCAAGGGAUGUGGGGUUUGAUCAUGAGGGUUCAAGUGGAGGUUACCAUUUGUCAAGGUUGGCAAGGGAUGUGGGGUUUGAUCAUGAGGUUUACGCGGACCCAGUUGGAACAUCUGGGGGUUUAUGCUUGUGGUGGGAUGACAGGGUUCAAGUGGAGGUUACCAUUUGCUCAAAAUAUCUGAUUGACUCUUGGGUGACUGAGCAAGGGUCGGGUGUAAGAUUCAGAGCUUCGUGGGUCUAUGGUUCACCUUACCGGGAUGAGAAGGAGGCUUGUUGGGGCUGGUUGGAUUCAGUUUUGGGGUCUGUGGUUUUUCCUUGGUUAUGCAUUGGUGAUUUCAAUGAUAUGCUUUGGGAUUUUGAGAAGAGAGGUGGAAGAAGGUUGGACAACAACAGGAGAAGAUAUCUACAGGAAUUUUUAGAUAAAAAAGAGCUUGUGGACCUGGGGUAUCAGGGCUCGUCUUUCACUUGGAGAGGGACUAGGGCUGACGGAGUGGUUGUGCAGGAAAGACUUGAUCGUGGGCUGAUAAACGUGCCUUGGCAGGAAACUUGGCCAAACUCCCAUGCCAUCCAUUUACCUGCUGUGGGCUCAGAUCAUUGUCCUGUUUUAAUUCUGACUGAGAUAAAUGUCAGGAGGGGUUUGAAGCCGUUCAAAUUUGAGGCGUUCUGGGCAUCUGAUCCUGAAUGCAGAGAGGUAGUUGAUAGGAGUUGGGGGCUGUGCUCUCCUGCUGCCUCUUGCUUCUCCUGGGACACUAAGUUGGGAACGUGUAGAACUGAAUUGAAACAGUGGAGUGAUGGGAAAUUUAAAAACAAUCGAAUAAUGGCCACUGCUCUCCUCUCUGAUUUAGACAGUCUCCAACGAGACUGGGAGGAAAAUACUGUGAAGAUCAAGGAAGUGGAGAGAAGCCUUAACCAGGUUUGGAGGUGCGAAGAGCUGUAUUGGAAGCAAAGGGCAAAAAUCCAGUGGCUAAAACAUGGUGAUGCAAAUACUGCUUUUUUCCAUAACUGCACAAUUCAAAAAAGGCGAAGGAAUUAUCUGGGAAGAAUAAGGAAUCUUGCUGGAGAUUGGGAAAUGGGUGAGGAUCACGUGCGGAGUAUAAUCGAAGAUUAUUUUAAAAACUUAUUCACGUCUGAAGGGCCAAGAGAUUGGGGGGAUAUUCUUGCUUUCGUUCCUGUAGUUAUCUCGGACAACAUCAAUGCUUCUCUUUUGGCCCCGAUCUCAGAUGAGGAAAUUCGAAUUACUGUCUUCCAAAUGGGGGCCUUGAAAUCGCCAGGACCUGAUGGUUUCUCUGGAAUUUUUUACCAAAAGUACUGGAGCAUUGUGGGAAAUGAUGUUUGCAGGUUGGUCAAAAACUUUUUCUCCAAUACCAUGUCUAUGGAAACGUUAAACAGAACUGAGAUUGCCUUGAUUCCUAAGGUUCCCCACCCGGAAUGGGUCACACAGUUCCGUCCUAUCUCCCUCUGUAACUAUUCCUACAAGAUUAUUUCAAAGAUUUUAGCAAACAGACUGCAGCCUUUCCUGGAUAAAAUCAUCUCGCCUCAACAAUGUGCCUUCAUUCCAGGAAGACAGAUCCAAGAUAAUGUCUUGGUGGCUCAUGAAGCUUUCCACUCUUUAAAGAUUAGGAAGAAAACAAAAAUUUUUGAGAUGGGGUUAAAGCUGGACAUGAGUAAGGCUUACGAUCGGAUCGAGUGGGAUUUUGUGCAGGCGGUGCUGUUAAAGAUGGGCUUUGCUAGACAAUGGGUAAGAUGGGUCCUGAGGUGCUUAUCUUCUGUUGAAUUUGCUGUUAUUGUCAAUGGAAAAGUGGGAAGCUAUUUCAAACCGACUAGAGGGCUCAGACAAGGGGAUCCGUUAUCUCCAUACUUGUUUCUUAUCGUUAGUGAUGUGCUCUCUUCCAUGAUCAAUCAAGCCGUUACCCAUGGUUUCAUCCAAGGAAUGAAAUUUGGUAGAGGUGGCCCGGUUCUCUCACACCUCUUUUUUGCUGACGACUCACUUAUGUUUCUCAAAGCAACUGAGAAUAAUUGUCGAGUGAUUGUGAGAAUCUUGGAUGCUUACUGCACGGCCUCGGGUCAGCUUGUAAAUUUUGAGAAAUCAAAUAUGUUCUUCAGCCCAAAUACGCCUUUAGAGGUGAAGGAUAGGUUGAGGGCUAUUCUUAAUGUCACCAUCUCUGAGGAUCCGGGCAAGUAUCUUGGGCUUCCAACUAUAUGGGGCCGUUCGAAAAAGAUGGCGUUGGCUUUCGUAAAGGAUAAAAUUCUGGGAAAAAUACAGGGUUGGAAGCAUGGUUUACUCUCUCAAGCUGGAAGGGAGGUCUUGAUUAAGUCUGUUGCCCAGGCCGUCCCGUCUUACCCUAUGUCUGUUUUCCUCUUCCCGAAUGGUUUCUGUCAGGAGAUUGACAGUAUUUUGGCAAAUUUCUGGUGGGGUCAAUCUCAGCAAUCAAAUAAAAUUCAUUGGAUCAGUUGGAAGGACCUUGGCAUGCCUAAGAAUGAAGGGGGAAUGGGCUUCCGCAACCUGAAGGAUUUUAAUGUUGCCUUGUUGGCAAAACAAGGGUGGAGGAUGGUGACGGAGCCUCAGGCCUUUUGGGCACAGUUGCUAAAAAGUAAAUAUUUCCCGAAUUGCGAUUUUCUCCGGGCCGGGAAGGGGGCUAAAUCAUCCUGGGCUUGGUCUAGCUUGCUGGUAGGAAGGAAUAUAAUCAUGAAUGGUGCUAGGUGGCAGGUUCUUGAUGGUAGCCGUGUUCAUCUUUGGACUGAUAAGUGGAUCCCUGGGUGUACUGAGCAUGCUCUGCAACCUAGCCAUCUUAGCCAGGUGGAUUUGGAGGCCAAGGUUGAGACUAUUAUUGACUGCCAUUCUCGUGAAUGGAACUUGGAGGCUAUUGGUGGUAUGUUUUCACCAAAUGCUGCAAAAAUUAUCAAAGCCAUGCCUUUGGGUGAUGGCUGGGAGAAGGACAGGCUCAUCUGGCCUCUAAACCAGACGGGUAGUUACACUGUCAAAUCUGGCUAUAACAUGAUUCACAUGGCUCACCUUGAUACUUCGGUCAGGCCAUCCAGCUCAAGAAUUUUAGACAAGGCUCUGUGGAAGCUGAUUUGGGGCUCUCAGAUGGUCCCAAAGUUAAUGAAUUUUUGGUGGAGAUUAGUCAGGGGCUGCCUGCCAACAAGGGAUGCUUUGUUCAGGAGACACCUUGGCACCUCCCCGUUAUGCCCUAUCUGUGGGGAGUUUCCGGAAUCUGUUGAGCAUCUUUUUCUCCUCUGUAAUUGGGUCCGGCCUGUAUGGUUUGGGGGUCCUUUGAACUACAGGAUAAACAGGCAGAGCAUCACUUCUAUGAGUGAUUGGUUGAUGCAGAUUUUGAAGUUUUCGCAGGGCUUGGGAUAUGAUCGGAAGUGGCUAAUUUCCCAAAUUUUUUACAGUUGUUGGAGUAUCUGGAAAAGCCGUUGCUCUGCUAUUUUUGAUGAUAUUAGUGUGUGCCCUCGCAAUACUUUGCUGGUGGCAAAAAAGUUGAUGAAUGAUUUCAAUCUUGUGGGGUGUCCUCAUGGGGAUGCGAUUUUGGAGGAGGAUAUUGAUGAUGGCCAUAGGGUGGUUAGAUGGUCCCCCCCUCCCACUUCUGUUUACAAAAUAAAUAUUGAUGCUUCUUGGGUUAGUUGUACUCUGCAAGCUGGUCUGGGAGUUGUUGUGAGAAAUUCGGCUGGCAUCUUUAUGGGUGGUUGCUGCGGUCCUCGACUUGCUUCUUCGGCAAUUGAGGCUGAAGCCCAUGCUGCCUUAAAGGGGGUCAAGCUGGCUGUUGAAAGGGGGUUUCCAAAUGUGGUCUUCGAAUCUGACUCAAAGGAGCUCGUUCAAUCAGUUAAAGGAAAUAUUUUGAAAGGGAGGUGGAUGAUUUAUCCUAUCCUGUCAGCUAUUCGACGUCAUUGUAGCAGUUUUAUAUCUUGUUCUUGGCAUUGGGUCCCUCGAGGGGCAAACCGAGCAGCGGAUGCUGCAGCUCAGCGAGCUAGAAGGAGGAUGUGCGAUGAAGUUUGGGCUUCCAGCCCCCCAUCCUCUCUGCUUUGGGAAAACAUUGAAAAUGCAGAGAAGAGGACCCAGAUGGUCGGGCUCGAUGAUGUGCUAAAACGGAAGAGUGAUGCAGCAGAUUACGAAGCUGAGUCUAGUGAUAGGACAGCUGCUACUGGAUAUACUGAAGCAGUUACCAGCCCCCUCCAGACUCCUGUGUCAAGCAAGGUGGGAAAGGCAAACAAAACAUCAAGGCUGACAAAGUGUAGCAGAUCUGGACCCCAGACUCCGGCUUCCAAUGUGGGUUCUCCUUCUGGGGCUAAUCUUACUCCAGCCGGACCUUGUCGUUUUGACAGCUCCCUAGGUCUCUUAACAAAAAAGUUUAUCAAUCUGAUCAAACAUGCGGAAGAUGGUAUUCUGGAUCUCAAUAAUGCUGCUGAUACUUUAGAGGUGCAAAAGAGGCGGAUUUAUGAUAUAACAAAUGUUCUUGAAGGAAUUGGUCUCAUAGAAAAGAAGCUCAAAAAUAGAAUUCAGUGGAAGGGACUUGAUGUCUCGAGGACAGGAGACGUGGACGAAAAUUAUCCUAGUUUACAGGCACAAGUUGAAAACCUAUCUGAUGAGGAGCGCAGAUUGGAUCAGCAAAUAAGAGAGAUGCGGGAAAGUUUGAGGGACCUGAGCAAAGAUGAAAGCAAUGAGAAAUGGCUUUUUGUCACUGAAGAAGAUAUCAAGGGAUUACAUUCAGGGACCAAAAUACCAAAACUGAUACUGCUGCAUUUUCUUGCUGUUCAUCGGAUUUUUCGUCACUCUGAUCCCACUGCUUCCCAGGACAUCAUGAGUGGGAUGAUGAAGAUUGUUCCCUCAGAUGUUGAUAGUGAUGCAGAUUACUGGGUUUUAUCAGAUGCUGAUAUUAGUAAGACGUGGAGAACAGAACCAGGGGUUGUAUGGAAUGAGUUGGGUGCAAUUGAUGAAGAUUAUGCCAUGGUUAAUGUCAGCAAACCACGGCCACAAACUCCGCCAUCUAGUUCAACUCAAGUACCGGCUACUGCCAACCGUCCUAUGACUUGAAACCUAAAAACGAUUCUUACUGAAUCUAAUUGCAGAAGUGGACUCUUUUUUUCUGAGAACCUAUGAUGUCCAACCAUCUCAUGUAUUUGUUUCACUGGCGGAGGUUGGGUUGAAGGUUCCGGUAAGUGUUCCCGGAAGAUCCAUGUGAGGAACCAAAGAUGGAGGUAGCUGUUGUUGUACAUUAAUGUAAUAUACAUAUCCAUGAGACGGUGGCAAAUAAUUAAGAGGAUACAAUUGUUAGUACAUCAUGUAUAUUGUUAGAAUUAGCAGGCUUUUCUUGUAUUAACCAGAGUGAAGUAGACUGGCUAGUAAUAAGUCUGGAUAAGGUUGGAUAGGGAGAAUGUUGGGUAGUUCCAGGACCCCAAAAAAGGAAAGGAUUUAUGUUCUGAUGCCUCGUUUUGUUUUGAAUUAUACUGA